AGUUCACAGAGGAUCGACACAUCGCCCGAUGACGCGUCGUCACGGGACAAACCUGAGUCACCGUCGGUUUCACUUGUGGUUUCGUCCGGACUCAGCGACUGAAGCUUCGGACCGGACAACAGACAGCACAGACGACGUGAAGAUGCAGAAGGACGAGUCCUCUACUCGGGGAACAGUGUCUGGUCGGACCCAGAAACCCGUCCUGCCUCAGGUCCGAUACCAUCCGACCAUCCAGGCUUCAACUCCUGCAGACGGAGCACGACCCAAAACCACUAAAACCACUGAAACCAGAACCAGUCAAACACAAAGGACCGGACCCGGUCAUGUGGACAACACCAACCGGGUCAAUCUGGUUCCAGCAGCGAGACCACAUCCUGGUGGUGGACCAGACCCGAAACUGGAUCAGAAACCGGAUCAGAGGGCUGCUUCCGAUCCAGAUCCUGACCGUGCCCGACCCAGACCGGAGCAGGUUCCUCUGGGUCUGGGGGUCCAGGUGGCCAGGAGUGUGGUGGAGCAGGUGGAGGUUUUGACCCGUGGACAGAGGACCAACGAGGACUGGUUCUCCUGGAGGAAGAACCGCAUCACGGCCUCCGUGGCUCAUCGCAUCGCUCACUGCCGCUUCGUUCACGGCAAAAGCAAGACCCCGCCCACCAGCUACCUGGCUGCAAUCACAGGUGAGGCCCACAGAGUCCAGACCAGAGCCAUGAGCUGGGGGGUCAACAUGGAGGCGGAGGCCGUCCGACAGUACCAGAGACUGAAGAGUCUGGCGUUGGCUCGGCCCGUCACGGUUCAGGACUGCGGUCUGUUCAUCGACGCUCAGCGGCCCUGGUUGGCUGCGAGUCCUGACGGCAUCGUGACGGACAGUGGCACCGGCAAAUGGUUGCUGUGCCUGGAGGUCAAGUGUCCCUACAAACACCGAGAGAGACGAGUGGAGGACGCUUGCAGGGACGACAACGCCUUCUGUCUGCAGAUACAAGACGAGGCCACACGGGAGCCUGGACGGCCUCCGGUCUACCGUCUGAAGACGUGUCACAGUAACUUCACACAGAUCCAGUGUCAGCUGGCGGUGACGGGCCUGCGACGGGCCGACCUCGUGGUCUUCACCACCAAGGAGACGGCCAUCGUGCCAGUGACCUUCGACCCCGAGCUGUGGGAGGAGACGGUGUCCCGGCUGGAGGAGUUCUACAGGGAGGCCGUCCUGCCUCGGCUGAGAGGGGCGUCGGCCGCCUGGACCCCGGAGCUGUAGAGACCCACUGACCUCUGACCUUAUCGUGUGGCGUCUCCGGUGACCUUGGGACCUUUCUUGUUUUCAAACUGAACCUUGUUAUGAGGUGAAACAUAACUCAGUUGAAUAUGAUGUCACAGCAAAGCUGACCUUUGACCUUUGGAUAUAAAAUGUCAUUCUUUUCCUCA